AGUGACCGUGCUGGUUUCGGGAAGAGGUCUGUCGACACUUCAUGAGAAGCCACGAACGUAGGCGAAGGGGAAAUACGCUCGUAAUGAAGCCGAUCUGUCAGCUCGUCUCUGCGUUUUAGGUUUUAAUGUAACAUCCUGAAAAGCUCGUCGUGAAAUGUUUUCUAGAGAUUUGGCUGUUCCCACCAUGUCUAGAAGUGGGUUGUCAACACAUUCAAGGCCAGGGUUAUUUCCAGGCAUGUGUGAGCCUCCUCAGGGUCAGGGCACCCAUGUUUACCUCUUCUGGACAAAGGAUGGAGAGAGAUAUUUGUCUCACACGUGUGGAGAAAUCACAGCAGAGGACCUGUGCAUCUUGGCCGCAGAGGCCGUAGGGAUAACUCCUCUAUGCCAUGUGUUGUUUGCUCUGUACAAUCCACAAUCACACUGUUGGUACAGCCCAAACCACAUUUUCAGUCCAGAGGACAACUCCUGCCUUGUGCUUCACUACUGUAUGAGGUAUUACUUUCGGAAUUGGCAUGGACUGAAUGAAAAAGAGCCAAAUGUAUCCCGCUAUGCUCUCAGAUCUGGGACAGAUCAGGGGGGUUCUCCGCUGCUUGAAAUCACAGCCUUAGAGUACUUAUUCUCCCAGGCCAAAUAUGAAUUUGUGAACGAAGUAGUGCAGAUGGAAGACGUUCAGUCAGAGGAGGAACUAAGCCGCUUCAAAAAUGAGAGCUUGGGGAUGGCUGUGCUUCACCUCUCACACCAGGCAAUGCAAACAGGCAGCACCUUACAAGAUGUUGCCAAAAAAGUCAGCUUCUUGCGCUGCAUUCCAAGGUCUUUCGCCAAACACAUAUCUAAAGACAACUUCCUGACAAAAAUCAGGAUCCGGCGGGUAUUUUCGGACUUUGUGCAGACCUUCCAGCAGCACACUGUCGAUAAAGGGCGGCUAGGCACCCACGAGAUCAUGUAUAAGUACAUCUCUACUCUCGAACACUUGGCACCAGGUUUUGGGAUAGAGUCCUUCGCUGUAUCCAACCUGGAACUGAGAGACGACGGGGAUGGAAGUAGCUCCUACUCCAACAUGACUCAUGCGCAGGGUGUCUCGAAAGAUACCUUCAGAGCUCCCACCACACAUGAAAUAAUGGUGACUGGGACCAAGGGGAUUCAGUGGAGGGAGGUGUCCAGUCAAAAGGCGCAGGCAAACACUUACUUCAGGAAUGACCCUCUGAACUACAUGAGGAAAACAAAACAACAGUCCAGCCAACUCAGUGCAAACACUCCCAAUAAAUGGACCUUCUUCUGUGAUUUCCCUGAUAUAAUUCACAUAGGCAUCACUGGAGCUAAUGUGUGCAUUAGCACUCAGGACAAUCACUGCAUGGAGGUUCAGAUGAACUCCAGCCAGGAGGCUCGUUCCUUUAUCUCCCUCCUAGAUGGAUACUACCGGUUGACUGCAGACGCCCACCACUAUCUUUGUCAUGAGGUGGCUCCCCCAAGGGUAGUGCAGAGUGAAGCAAAUGGACUGCAUGGACCUAUGCAUGAUGAUUUUGUGCUAAUGAAGCUGAAAAAAGAGGCAGCAGAGGAGGGAGCUUUCCUCGUACGUUGGAGUGCUCUCGACUAUCACCGCAUCAUCCUGGCUGUCCUGAACAAAAACGAGAAUGGAUCGACGCCAAGCCACAAGCAGUUUCGUAUUCAGCACAAGGGUUCGAAGUUCUGUCUGGAAGGCUGGGAUCGAGAAUUCUCCAGUAUGAAGGAACUCACAAACAGCCUCAAGACCUUUGUACUCAAGUCUGGCUCAGACAGCUUUACUGUAAAAAAGUGCUGUUAUCCAAGACAAGCAGAGCUAUCCAACCUUCUGAUAAUGAGGGAAGGUGCCAAACACCGUGCUCAAACUGACAACGUACUCCUGAACAUGACCCAGCUACGCUUCCACCAGAUCAAGGACAGAGAGAUCAAACAGGGACAGCAUUUAGGUCGAGGGACCAGAACUAACAUCUACUCAGGACGUCUGCUGGUGCGUGGUGGAGACAGUGAUGAAGAUGACGAGUUCAACAACAACAACUUUGCUGACCGCAAAGGGAUCCAAGUGGUUCUCAAGAUUCUAGACCAAAGCCACAAAGACAUUGCUCUAGCAUUUUUUGAAACUGCAAGUUUCAUGAGCCAGGUAUCCCACAGCCACCUGGUGUUUGUACAUGGUGUGUCAGUCAAAGGAUCUGAAAACAUCAUGGUAGAAGAAUUUGUGGAGUUUGGGCCUCUGGAUGUUUUCCUUCGCAAAGAAAAGGCAUCAGUGACUCCUCAGUGGAAAUUCAUUGUUGCGAAACAACUUGCCAGUGCCCUCAAUUAUCUUGAGACCAAACGGCUGGUUCAUGGAAAUGUCUGCGCCAAGAACAUUCUGGUGGCGAGACGUGGCCUGGACCAUACUAUUACUCCAUUCGUCAAGCUGAGUGACCCAGGAAUUUCCCUGAGCGUCCUUUCACGGGAAGAGCGCCUUGAGCGUAUCCCAUGGAUUGCCCCUGAGUGUGUUGACAGCGGCACAUCCAUCGGCAAUGCUUCUGAUCAAUGGAGCUUUGGCGCCACACUGCUUGAAAUCUUCAACAACGGCAAUCUUCCCAUGAGCGGCUGCACGUUGUCUGAGAAAGAGCACUUUUAUAAGCAAAAGGGCCGUCUAGCAGAACCAUCCUCCCAGGAACUGGCCAGCCUUAUCAGCAUGUGUUUGACCUACGAGCCUGUGGAGAGGCCUUCGUUCCACAUUGUGCUCAGAAAGCUCAAGGAAAUCAUGCUCAAAAAUCCUGAUAUAUCCCCAAGUGAAACUCUCUACAAGGACCCUAGCAUGUACCAUAAACGCUACCUGAAAAAGAUGCGGGACUUAGGAGAGGGUCACUUUGGAAAGGUGACUCUCUACUUGUAUGAUCCGAACAAUGAUGGAACUGGAGAGCAAGUAGCAGUGAAGGCUUUGAAACAAGAGAAUGGUCAUGUGGAGAGCUGGAUGAAGGAGAUUGAAAUCCUCAAAUCCCUUGAUCACAUCAACAUUGUAAAGUACAAAGGCUGCUGUACUGAACUGGGAGGACAAGUGGUGCAACUAAUAAUGGAGUACCUGCCACUGGGGAGUCUGCGAGAGUACCUUCCCAAACGUAAACUGGGUGUGCCGCAGUGCCUUAUGUUUGCUCAGCAGAUCUGUCAGGGUAUGGAGUACUUGCACUCAAAGCGAUACAUCCACCGAGACCUAGCUGCCCGUAAUGUCUUGGUGGAAAAUGACAAUUUGGUAAAGAUUGGAGACUUUGGCCUGACGAAAUACAUCCCUGAAGGCGAUAUCUACUAUCGUGUCCGUGAGCAUGGGGACAGUCCAGUGUACUGGUAUGCCAUUGAGUGCCUGAAGGAGAGUAAAUUUUCCUUUUCCUCUGACAUUUGGUCUUUUGGCGUCACCUUAUAUGAGAUCCUGACCCGCUGUGACCAUCGCCAAAGCCCUCCAAUAAGGUUCUGUGACAUGAUAGAAGCAUCAGUCCCUGGAGGACCCUCUGGACAGAUGACAGUGGUGGUCCUCAUAAAACUGUUGGAGAGAAAUCUGCGAUUGCCUUGUCCCAAAGACUGCCCAAAUGAGGUGAAGAUAAUAAUGGAGCAGUGUUGGGCUGCAGAGCCUGCACAACGGCCAUUAUUCAGAUCCCUCAUCGAGAGGUUUGAGGCUAUUCGCCGAACGUACGACUGGCAGUCUAAUAUAAACUUUUCCUUGGCUCAGAUUUGCUGAUCAGAACUCUCAAGAUCUGCUUGUCUACAUGCCAUGACGGCAACAGUAUAUCACAGGGUAGCCAGUGAUAUAUCCCCUGCUGUGCAAUGCCUGCUGCCUCCAUUUCCAUAUAUGCCUUUAUACUAGGUUUCUUUUUGAUAAAAGUACAUUGCUAUCUUCUCAUAUGUGAAAUUAACACAAUGAUAAAGUCAGCCAGUGUUUCUUUUUCUUGGCUGAAGAGUUGGAACAUCAUUAGGAAAGGUGAUGCCUUAGGCAUCAGCAACUGUCAGCAUUUGUCUUUCAAAUAGGUUAUGGGUUUGCAUAUAUCACAGUAAGUAUUAAGAAUUUAUGUACGGCUGGGAGUUCACUAUGUUUCCAUUGAUGUUUAAUUUUUGUACAUUUUUGAAUGUAUGUUAAUUUUGCCUUUAAUUUUGUAUAAACCAAAAGGAAAAAUACAAAAUAUAAUAAACCAUUUACACAUCCCUUUCACUGAAAACGUAAAUAGAUUGAUGCAUGUGUAAUCAAAGAAAUGUAUAAAAAUGUUUGUUACAAAUUUACAAAUCUAUGUAUGUAUGUUCUUAUUAAAACAAUUUAACAUCUACUCCUCCACAUCUAAGGCUAUGGUUAGAAAAAUAUACAAUUAAAUAUGUAAUCAGAGCCUUCUAAUCUCAGCCUGAAAAUGCAUUUUCUACAAUUGUAAAUAAAAUGUCAAUCAGG